CAUCUACUCAAAGUAUAGUGAAACUGGCUCUCUCCUGCCCGUGGACUAGCUAACACACCAUGUUAGUGAGCCACAUAAAUUCGUGUGUCUUGUUUCAUUUCUUGCUUUGUUGAUCCUCCAAUUUUCCAAUCCGGAGAAACAAUAAUGACAAGUGGUAUCAGAGCGUAGCAGUUGGAAAUCAAGUGAGGGUUUCGAGAUUGAAGAAUGUUAGUGAAUAUGAAGAUCAAAAGGUCACGUGGAAGAACAGUUUCGAUAUAUGGCCGAUCAAGAUACAGGCGCUAUUGAAACAACAAGGGAUGUGGGGACCGUUGUCCAGAAAAUCGAAGAAGACAUGGGUCGAUGACGAUAAGUGGAGUACCCUAGAGGAGAAGGCCAGCUCGACCAUCAUAUUAUUUUUGUUUGAUGAAGUCAGCAUUGAAGUCGUUGUUGAGAAGACUGUUGUUGGCUUGUGGUUGAAGGUGGAAAGUCUGUAUAUGAUAAAGUCCUUAACCAACAAGUUGCAUCUCAAGCAACAAUUAUUCAUAUUGAGGAUGCAAGAAGGUACGCUUUUGAGGAAAAUGCGGAACAACUUAAUUCCAUCUUGUUAGAUUGCGUAACAUCGAUGUCCAUUGAUGAUAAAUAUGCUACCCUAAUCCGACUUGUUUCUUUGCUGAGUUCAUAUGAGAAUUUUAUGGAUUUUUUUAUUGUUGGUAAAUAUAGCUUGUUGUUGGAAGAUGUCAGAUAUGCUCUUCGUAGGAGAGAGAUCACGCAUAAGGCAUUCGGGGUCUAGUAUAGGUGGUGAAGCAUCAGUGUUGGCUGUUACAGGUGGAAAGGGAAAGAAUAAAUCUAGUAGAGGGAAUUCAAACAUGAACUCGAAUUCUAAGGUCCCCGUCCACAGUCAAGCAAUGCAUGUCACAUCUAGAAAGAAGUGCUACAUUGGAAGUACAAUUAUCAAAGAAGAAAAGGGGAAACAGAAGAAUCAAGGGUCAAUUGUCGUGGUAGAAGUAGACAAUAGUUCUGAAGACAAUCUGCCUUGGCUAUAGAUGGGAAGACACAUCGUGGUGAUGUGUGAUUUCUUGAUACUCCAGUCUCAUAUUAUAUGACUCCGACCAAGGAUUGUUUUUCAACCUACGAGCAGAUAGAUGGUGGUGACGUGGUUAGGGCCAAUGGAGCUGUUUGCAAAGAGGUUAGAAUCGGCUCUAUCAAGGUUCGGAAAAAUGAUGGUUCAUUUUGUACCAUGAACGAUAUCAGACUUGUUUCACAAAUAACAAAGAAUCUUAUCUCUUUAAGUCUUCUCGACCACAAGGGUCUCAGUUUCAAGGGAAAUUGUGGAGUUGUGUAUGUCUCCAAAGGUUCAAGGAAAGUAUUGAAAGGCGUGAAGCGUGUCGCCUUGUAUGCAUUAUAAGGGUCUGUGUUGUCAUGUUCUGGUACAAUUGCAUCAUCUCAUGUUCAUCAAGAAGGUAUGACUACUCUCUGGCACAUGAGUCUGGGUCAUAUGAACGGGGAGAUCUUCUUUGCGGGCAGAAGGUGCAGAGUUUGGAAUUCUGUGAGCAUUUUAUGUUUGGGAAACUAUAUCGUAGUAAGUUUCCUAAGAAGAGUAUCCACUGGACGAGACACCGCCAAUAGAUGCAUUAAGCAUCGCCAAUAACCAGGCUUAGCACCUCCCUCCCAGAGAGCUAGGCAUAUAGCCACCAAUCCAAUAUAUAUAGUGCAUGAAAAGGCGCCCUUAUGUUUAAUUUAGGUGAUCACAUAAUCUUUCUUUCGUUAGUGACGUAUCAAAUGUCAGUCAUAAGCAACUAAUAAAUUGUAAAUCAUAUCAUCAUGGUUUCACUAUUUCAUAUAACCAAAUUAUCGCCUUUCGGCUUCCCAUUUCAUAUUCUCCCCUUAUUGGCAACCAAUAAAUUAUAAAUCAUAUCAUCAUGGUUUCACUAUUUCAUAUAAGCAAAUUAUUUCCUUUCGGCUUCCCAUUUCAUAUUCUCCCCUUAUAGGCUUUCCAUUCCAUAUUCUCUUCUUAUAUGCUACCAAUUCGAUGUUCUCACCUCAUAGGCUUCCCAUUUACUAUUUAAUCGCAUUUAUAAGCUAUUCCAAAUCACACAAUCGCCUCACGGCUUUUCAAUACCAUAUUAUAACAUGUUAACCUAUCCCAAAUUAUGUCACAUCCAUAAAUACUAUCCAAUACCAUAUCAUCACGUACCAUAUACCCCUAAUACCAUAUCAUCACGUACCAUAUACCCCUUAUUAGAAUUUUAUAACUACCAAUCACAAAAUCAACUCAUUAUUACAAAUCAUUCCAUUUCCUUAUAACAAAGCAUUACCGAAUCAAAUUUCAAUUCCAUCACAUUCCAUAACUCCUUUAUGUCAUUCAUCACAUCAUAUAAGCAAUCCAUUCAUCACACUAUCCGAAUAUCAUCCUUAAUCCCAUCUCCCGUAAUCCUAUAAAUCGUAUUCGGACCGCUUCAUGGCCCGAAUAUCAUAUUCAUAUGGUUAAUAGGUUAGAAUUUACUCGCUGUUUGAUCGCUGAUUCGCAAGUCCUUUGCCCUUUGAGGACUCUAGGCUUGAUUCUUCCCUUUUAUCAACAUUAUAAACACACAUUUAAUCAUUUAGAGCAAGCAUGAUAGUCAUAUAAUUGCAUAUGGGGUCAAGAUGCGCGGGUUUUGUGUCAAAACAUGUGUUUCUGGCCAAACAAAGUAAAACAAGGUCAAAUGCCUGAAAAACACGAUCGACACUCCAAACACACAGUAAUUUUAUCCUGUCCGUGUUUUCUUUUCAGUCCUCAUAAGUGAAAAUGCGACCAUUUUGACCAAAAACGAGGUCGAAUUUGCAGCCCGUGUAAUUUACCCCCUUCCAAAGUUUUGGCCAUUUCUCGCUCAAUUUUUAACCAAAUUGAUUGAUUAUUUUUUCUAAUUAAACUAGAUUCACAGG